UGGCAAUUUCACCAUUGAAGUUUGGAGGAUAUCGAGCCAUCACAUGUCGAAUCAUUUGAAUGGUUAGAUACGACUCCUCACCUCACCUCGUCUCCAUUGUUACGGACGGACAGAGCUUUAAAGAAUAGCAAUUCUGGAACUUGGGAAGUGGAGUGGAAGCCAAUAAAAGAAGCACCUUUCCUCCCUCUCCCUCUCCCUUGCCUCGGCCUUUGAUGGCGUGGAAGCAAUUACUUUGAGCCUUGCGUGCCGGAUUACUCCUGGAACAGGUUCCCCUCCAAUAAGAGACCCUCUUUUGCUGCUCUCAUCUCCUGUUUCUGGUUUAGUUGAGGACUGGACUGGUGCUGUUCUUGUUUGCUUUGCCUUGUGUCUUUUGGAGUACAUGAGGAGAGGGGAGUGGAGGUGGAAGGGAGGAAGCCCAACGAGUGAAGCUGGGAAAGGUAGGGGAGCUGCUGGGGAUCUUCGACUGCAUCAAUGAAGUCACCGCAGCGAUCGCGGCAGCAUCAUCGGCGGGGAUGAGCGAGCGGGCAUGCCAGGUGGAGACCACGCCGCGGCUCGCGCAAUGGAGGAUCGAAAGCCUCGCCUCCUACACCUACCGCAAGUCCGACCCCUUCAAGAUCGGCCUCUGGAACUGGGGCGACUAGGAGUUCUCCUGCAUAAAGAUCUGGUCUUUCAUGGACGUAACGAAGAAAAUUGGGAUUUUGGAGUUGCAGAUCAUCUCGAUGUCCUAUAGUAUCCUUCGGUUCAUCUUCUUCUGCUGUUUCUUUUGCUGCUUUUCGACUCUGUCUGGAGCACUCUCUUCUUCUUUAUGAGCACUGGAAAUCAUGAUUCUUUACUUCUUACUAUCAAUUUCUUUUCUUUUUCCCCGUAGAUUGAUGUCAGAUGCAGUGUCUGAAGUAUAGAAUCUAAUCAUUCGAUCCUUUGUUUUGAUCAUGAUAAGAAGGUAUCUUGCAGUGGAGAAGAGUAAACAACUGUCUGUGAAGCUGUUCCCUGAGGUUUCAAGCCUCACGAGGGAGCAGCCGCCCAUUGCCUCCUUCGUCAUCAAGGUUGUCUCCCCAUCAUCUCCAAACCGCAAGACGCUCAUCCAUCCAGGAAUCCGGGACAGGCAGCUGAAGAACAGCGACGACUUUGUAUGGGCAAUCGACACCCUGCUCCCCGGCAGAUUCAUAAUCGACGUUGAAUUCCUUGAUCUAAAGAUUGUGCCGUCAUCAGGUGGCGAGCCUUCUUCAAUUUGGGGCAGCUACCAGGUCGCGAAGCACUCGGCGGCCACCGCCCUCACCACUCUCGGCCGGAUGCUGGCCGACGGCAUCCACACCGACAUCACGAUCAACGCCAGGGGCGGCAGCAUCGGCUCGCACCGCGCCGUCCUCGCGGCGAGGUCGCCCGUCUUCCGCAGCAUGUUCUCGCACGACCUCAAGGAGAAGGAACUCUCUGCCGUCGACAUAUGCGACAUGUCCUUCGAGGCUUGCCGGGCCUUCCUCGACUUCAUCUACGGAAACUUCCAGGCCGACGAGUUCCUCGGCCACCGCCUCGCACUCCUGCGAGCGGCCGACAAGUAUGACCUAUCGGACCUGAAGGAGGCGUGCCACGAGAGCCUUUUGGAAGACAUCGAUGCUAAGAACGUGCUCGAGAGGCUGCAAACCGCCCACCUCCACCGUUUGCCUGAGCUGAAGAGCAGCUGCAUGAGGUACCUGGUGGCCUUCGGAAAGAUCUAUGAGCUCGGUGAAGAUUUCAGUGUCUUCCUGCAGACUGCCGAUAGGGAGCUCAUAGCUGAAAUAUUUCAGGAAGUUCUUGCUGCCUGGAAAGGUUUCUAGUCCACCAUCGAUGACAGAGAGAUCAUGGUACAUGCUUUGUGUGAGUUCCUCGCAAUCUCGUCUUCUCUGGUUGGGUGUCACUGUAUACAGGGGUUGCUGAAAACACUGUACAGGAUUGAUCAUCACAAAAUGUGUGCAUUCUUUAGAUCGAGAAGAAUAUGUAUGUAUAAUUUGAUUGGAAAAAGGAAGAUCUGCAUCCAUAAUA